UAGACGACCUUUGCUGUAGUUUCAUUGCUGCUGCUGUCAGUGCUGCUGCUGUCCUCAGUCUGUCUGCAUCUGUGGAGACUGUGCUGCUGAAGAGAAGCGACCAUGGCUCUUAGAAAGACCAACAGAGUGUUUGUCGUCGGUGUGGGAAUGACAAAGUUCGACAAGCCUGGAGCCCGAGAGAACUAUGACUACCCUGAUAUGGCCAAAGAAGCAGGUCAAAAAGCUCUAGCAGAUGCAGGAAUCCCAUAUUCUGCUAUUGAACAAGCUUGUGUUGGAUACGUCUAUGGGGACUCCACAUGUGGACAGAGAGCCAUUUACCACAGCCUGGGUCUGACCGGGAUCCCCAUUAUCAACGUCAACAACAACUGCUCCACGGGCUCCACGGCUCUCUUCAUGGCACGUCAGCUGGUUCAGGGAGGUCUUGCUGACUGUGCACUUGCCCUCGGGUUUGAGAAGAUGGAGAGGGGCUCGUUGUCCGCAAAGUUUAUGGACAGAACCAAUCCUAUGGACAAGCACAUGGAGGUGAUGAUCAACCGCUAUGGGAUGGCAGCAGCACCAGCAGCACCACAGCUGUUUGGCAACGCUGGCAGGGAGCAUAUGGAGAAGUAUGGCACAAAGCCAGAACACUUUGCCAAGAUUGCCUGGAAAAACCACAAGCAUUCCACCAACAACCCGUAUUCCCAAUUCCAGGAUGAGUACAGUUUGGAGCAGGUGAUGACAUCCAGGAAGGUGUUUGAGUAUCUGACUCUGCUGCAGUGUUGCCCUACAUCUGAUGGAGCUGGAGCGGCAGUUUUGGCCAGCGAGGCCUUCGUCAGAAAACACCACCUUGAGAACCAGGCAGUGGAGAUUGUGGCCCAAGAGAUGGUGACCGACCUCUCCUCCACAUUUGAUGAAAACAGCUGCAUUAAGACGGUGGGAUACGACAUGACUCGGUUGGCGGCUAAAAAGUGUUUUGAGAGUGCCGGUCUGAAGCCGAGUGAUGUGAAUGUGGUCGAGCUGCACGACUGCUUCUCAGCUAAUGAGCUCAUCACAUAUGAAGCCUUGGGGUUGUGUGCAGAGGGGAAAGCUGGAGAGCUGAUUGACAGAGGGGACAACACAUACGGAGGCAAGUUUGUGGUCAAUCCCAGUGGCGGUCUCAUCUCUAAGGGACAUCCUCUCGGUGCCACAGGUCUGGCCCAGUGUGCUGAGCUUUGCUGGCAGCUCCGAGGGCUGGCUGGCAGGAGGCAGGUCCCAGGGGCUAAACUGGCCUUGCAGCACAACAUUGGCUUAGGAGGAGCUGUCGUUGUCACACUUUAUAGGAUGGGUUUCCCACAGGAGGAAAGAUCCUACAUAACUGCAGUUCCUGCCAGUGCAGGCAGUAAUCUGGAAGGGUUCAAAGCUUAUCCUGUCUUCAAAGAGAUUGAAAAGCAGCUACAGCAGGAUGGAGAGAAGCUUGUCAAGAAGGUUGGUGGAGUGUUUGCUUUUAAAGUGAAGGACGGCCCAGGUGGACAAGAGGAAACUUGGGUUGUGGAUGUGAAAAAUGGCAAAGGUUCUGUCAGCAAUGACCCAGGUAAAAAGGCAGACUGCACGUUGUCCAUGAGUGACCAAGAUCUCCUGGAUUUGAUGACAGGAAAGUUGAACCCACAAACGGCGUUCUUCAAAGGGACUCUGAAGAUCAGUGGGAACAUGGGCAUGGCCAUGAAGCUGCAGAACCUCCAGGUUACACCAGGCAAGGCCAAGCUGUGAGACAUCGUGCAAGCUUUUUGUUCACUUCAAAGGAAAACUUGAUUCUUCCUGUUGAAAUUUGCUAAUUAACAAAAUCACUGAACACUUUGUUAAUGUGCUUGAUCUAAAGAGACAGUCCAUUAAAUUUCACCUUUAACUGCUGCUUUGAUGCUAAACUGUUGAUGUCGUUGGUUCUUUAAGUCUGAUUUAUUCUAAAACAUCUGGUGACUUUUCAGGAGUGCAAUUUUCAGCAACAUAUUCCACUCCUCUGUGUAUUAUUAAUCAGUCAGAAAACUCAAUGUGCCUCUAAUUUGUCUAUGAAAUAAAUGUGUAGUUUGAAGCCAUUUUCUGAAAUGAAGCAUUUUGAUAGAUAAUGUUGCAGAGAAUCUAUACCUGUAAAUGAAAGCAUUCUAAUUUUUUAAAAUAAAAUCUUCACUGACACUCACAA